GAUCAUGUGCUGCAUUAUCUGUACUACACGUGCGUUGCACUUCAUCUUUGAUGAACUCUGAUGACACAAUAGCUCUUAAGAUUCUUCAUUGAUAGGAUUAAGUAUAAAUCCUAAAACAUCUUAAUUUAUGAAAAUUAAGAAGCCUCAUUGAUAUACAAAUAAUUAUCUAGUAGACUGAGUAAAGGCUAAUUAACGGUUAGUUUGUUUAUCAGAGUAAAUAUGGAAAUUUCGUCGAGAAAAUUUUAUAAAAAAAUAAUGAUAGACACCAUUGACGAUUGGUUAAGGGAAGAAGGAUUUGUCCGGAAAACUUCGCCAAAAGAUCCAACGUGUCUUUUUAGAGCAGUUAGUGAGCACGUUUAUAAGACUCAGUAUUACCAUAUAAAAGUACGAAAAGAAUGUGUUGAUUUUAUGAAAAAAAAUAAACACUUAUUUGAAAAGAAUAUUUCUAUUUCAAUUGACGAUUAUCUGGAUCAAUUAUCCUGCAUAACUGAAUGGGGAGGAAGUAAUGAAAUAGAAGCUAUGUCUUUUUUAUAUAAAAAAGAAUUUAUUAUUUAUAACAGUGUCAAAAUGACUAAAAAAAUAAUGACAAACAAUGGCUUCAAUGAAUAUAUAUAUCUCUGUCAUACUCCUCCAAAGCACUAUGAAAGUCUUUAUAGCCAGAAAACCCACGCAGUUGCAGCAUUUUGUCAAUCUGUAGUAUAUAAGCUGUUAUACGAGCAAGUAUUUCAAAUGCCAGAUGUUGACUAUGCUGUUGGAAAAAUGCUACAUGAACCCUCGCAAAAUAACUCCCAAAAUAAAUUCAUGUUAAAAGAUCAUUUUGAAGUGAAGGAGAAGUCAAAUGAAGUAAAUAAGGCUUUUAACGAAGAAGAAAAUCGAAUAGAAAUAUAUAAAACUAUUACACCAUUUCCAUAUAGAGUAGCAAAAGCUCUUGAUCCGAAUAUUUAUCGGAACAUAGAUUACGAUAUUUGGCUUGAAAUAAAACGAGAAGUACGAAAUGCAGGUUGGUUGAGAUGGAAUAAUUAUGAGUUACAAGUAGGAGGUAAAUGCUUAGUACAAUUGAAUUAUGAUGACGAUGAAGGGUUUAAUAAAAAUACCAAAGACCUCCAAAAUAUUGAAAACAUUGACAAUAACGGAAAUGUGGCUCUUAAAAUAAAUCCAUCAAGGUUAAAAAAAGAAUCUGUAUCAUUAGUUGGACAUAUCCAAGAAAUGAGUCAGAAUGAGGGGCCUGUAAUUGUCUACAUUGAAGAGCUUGGGGAAAAAAAGACCGUGCCUUAUCGAGCUCUUAAACCUCUUCAACAAGAACCCAGAAGAAACAAAUCAUUUAUCAUUUCCUCAGUGCCACCAAAGAAAAACUUUUUUGAUCCAAAUUCAAAGUGGAAGAAACAAACCAACUCAUACGCUCGUAAACCAAGAAACCUUGUGACUAAUCCAUCGAAUAUUCCUAUCUUGAACUCACACGUUGACUUGGAUGCUUUAGAUAAUGAAAAUAAUAAUAACCAUGUUAACAAUGGAAAUGAUAGCAACGACUCAGUUAAUGUCAAACAAAUUGUACCAUCAACAACUAGUAAUUCUCGCCGUUAUAAUUCAGAAUUUAAUACAACUGAUUCGACAAUGAUUAAUCGAAUGGAUACAGAAAAUUACUCAUCGAGACAGGAAUACUGUUUGAACAAUGUUAUCGAAGCUCAAUCACCUUUAUCUUCAUCAGACAACAAUGAGUCCAUAAUUAAUUCAAAAUAUUCUGGAGAACAUUUCGAUGCUAAAUCUUUUGUUCCGAAUAAUAAAGAUAAUCACGUAAACUUGAAUGAAAAAAAUAUUAAAAAUAAUUUGAUUAAUGGUAAUGACAAUAUACCAAUCUCAGAAACGGCAGUUUCUAUAGUUAAUGACAAUUAUUGCCCAAACUCUGUUGGACCUGUGUCUGCAUAUCCAGGAAAUUUAAAUCUUGUCUGGGUAUCCCCAGAAGGAAAUAUAUAUGCUCCUUUCUUUUAUUUUGGGAGCAAUUUCAUGGGACCAUCAAUCACUGGGAUGCUUAAUUGUAGUAAUCAGCCAGUAAAUUUUGGCGUUCAAGUAAGUGUGGAUUCAAAUGGCAAUGAUCUUCCAUAUUCAGACAUUCCAACAUUGAGAUUUUUUUAUAAUUUAGGAAUUGAGUAUUUCCGUUAUAAUCAAGCUUGGGCAACUAAUAGCCCACCUAUACCUUGUCCACCGACUUUCAUGACAAAUGAAGAAAAUAUUGCUCCCAUGGGAAUCCCAUGUCAUAUUAAUUCACCAACUAUAUCAUCAUCAAAUGAAAGCACUUCUCAACAACAUGAUAACAAUAGUCGAGCUCAAACUCAUUCACCAACUCGUAAAAAUGAACGAGUUUUCAAUAACAGAAUGAAUACAAAGUUAAAUGGAAACACAAAAAAUAUGUAUCCUCGAAAAUAUUCUCAAGACUUCCAUCAAGAUAGUAAUAAAAAUCGCAAUGAAGGAACUACUAAUUCAUAUGAUUAUCAUAAAUCGAAAUAUUCUCAAAGAAACAAUGAAAAUAGAGAUAUAAAUCAUACACAAUGGGAAUCUCGUAAAAAUAAAGGGACUGUACAGUUUAAAAAAACAAACGAAGAUCGUAAUCGAAUGGAAAAAUAUAAUUGUCACUAUGAACAUCAAAAGAAAUCAAAUUCAUUUAACAACCAUUGUAUUAACAACAAUAAUAAUAACAACAACAACAACAACAACAACAACAACAACAUAAACAACAAUUCUUCUCAGGCAGAUAAUAAUUAUGAAGAUCAAAAGUUUAUUCAAAAAAGAAAGAAUUACGAUCAUCAAAUAUUGCCAGGACAAGUCAAUGAACAUAUUCCAAUGCAACCAUCAGUAAAUCCUCCAGUGUCUUCAGUUAAUCAUCAUGUUCCUUUUAAUCACCAAUCUCCACCUGUAUUUACUGGAGUACCAUAUUAUUCUAAUGAAGUAGAGAACAUGUAUCCACUUUCAGGUAAUAUGUAUCCUGUUUCAUUUGUAUCACAUUCUGAUUCUACUGAAGGCAAUAAUAUUGCUCCUUAUUGUUGUCCAAAUCUAGACAAUUAUCCGCAGCCUAUUACUCCAAUUUACCCUCAAAUUCCUUACUCUCCAUCGUCUGUACUUCAAUCUCCUCCGCCACCACAGCCUAUGCAGCCAAUAUUUCCGACAAUGGUGCCACCGAAUUCUCCAGAAAAUUGGUACAUUCCUGGUCAAGCUCAUUUCAUUCCUUACCCUCCACAUUUUCCUGUUCCUUCUUCAAUGCCACCACCUCAGAAUAAUUCUUCAUCUUAAAUUCAGAUUUGGAUUUAAAGCUUCUACCAAAAAACUGUGUUGAGUUUUUGAGAUGUAUUUUGAACAAAUAAGGCUGGUCCUACAGUAUUUUCUAUAAGUACUUAUAAAGAAGGAUUUGAUAUUUUGUAUUAACGUUUCUUAAUCUUUAUUAUUUUCAAAGAUAUAUAAAUAAUUAUAUAAAUUUUUCAUAAAAAUAAAACUACUUUUUCAAUUAUA